AUGAAUGCUACAACAGCGAACCAGUCGGACUGCCCUGAGGUUGAGGUCCCUGUCCCAGUCUUUUUCAUCAUUGGCGCAGUGAGCCUGGCCGAGAACCUGCUGGUUGUGGUGGCCGUCAUUUGGAACAGGAACCUCCACUCGCCCAUGCACUGCUUCAUCUGCAGCCUGGCAGCCUUCAACACCAUCGCCAGCCUUACCAAAAGCUGCGAGACCUUGAUGAUUCUGUUUGCUGACGUAGGACAGCUGGAGAAGAAAGGAUCCUCAGAGAAGAAGCUGGAUGAUGUGAUGGACUCCCUGCUGUGCAUGUCGUUUGUGGGCUCCAUUUUCAGUUUCCUGGCUAUUGCUGUGGAUCGUUACAUCACCAUCUUCCAUGCACUUCGAUACCACAACAUCAUGACAAUGCAGCGGACGGGGGCCAUCUUGGGUGUCAUUUGGACGACAUGCGGGGUGUCAGCCGUGCUCAUGGUGCAAUUCUUCGAAUCCACCUUCAUCAUUAUCUGCUUUGUUGUCUUCUUCAUUCUCUCCUUUACAUUGAUCUGCUUCCUGUAUGUGUACAUGUUCAUGCUGGCGCGCAUCCAUGCCAGGAAGAUCGCUUCUCUGUCCAACAGCGGCUGGGGGAGGGGUCGUCAUCAGUGGUGGCGGGGCAAUAGCAUGAGAGGGGUGCUGACUCUCACCAUCCUGUUCGGGGCGUUUGUGGUGUGUUGGGCGCCGUUUUUUGUCCACCUCAUCAUCAUCACGGUGUGCCCCUUGAACCCGUACUGCGAGUGUUACCGAUCCCUGUUCCAGCUGCAUGUGGUGCUACUGAUGAGCCACGCGCUUAUUGACCCAGCCAUCUACGCCUUCCGCAUGGCUGAGCUCAGACACACCUUCAGGAAGAUGCUUUGUUUGGACUGGAGGCAUUGCUGACUGCGAAAAUCUCUUUGC